UGGAAAAGAUGACAGACAGGAUUACUUCGAUGUUUGUAGACUAUUUUUGUCGCUGAUCGGUCAAUGGCUUCAUCAGAGGCCUCGUGAGAGAACAGUUCGAAUGAGUGUUAACAUUAUAUGGAUUAUUACUGUUUUUGCCGUACAGAUAGCGCAGCUUUAUGUAUGCGAGACGACGCAGUGCAUAAUACAAACUGUACCCUUACAUUUGAUCCUAUGGAUGGCUUUGGUGAAAUUAUUAACUUGUCAUUUCAAUAAUGGAAGAAUUAAAUAUCUUAUAGAACAUUUACACAUGGAUUGGAAUAUUCUCGACACUCAAGAGGAACGGGAGAUUAUGAAGAGGUAUGCCAUAAACGCCUUAAUUUACAUUAGUGCGUCCACAUUCGGGGCAAGUGCGCUUUUACCGCGUAUUAUGGACGUUAUAUUUCCCUUGAAUGAAUCUCGUCCGAUAGUAUUGCCUGCUCCGGCAUACUACUUCAUCGACGAGGCUAAAUACUUUUACUACAUAUUUUUCCAUCUUCAGUUCGGCAGCAUAGUAUGUCUUGCCGGAUUUAUCGCUCACGAUUGCGUCCUUUUAACUUUCGUCGAACACGCCUGUGGCCUUUUUGCCAUUGUGGGAUAUAGGUUUGAAAAUCAUUUAUACAAACGCAAUAUUACGAACAAAAGCCUGAUUAAUCUUUCAAAUGAUACAUAUGUUGAAAAUGUUGCGUUUUCCAUUCAACUUCAUCAAAGAGCUCUGCAGUUUGCCACUCUUAUCGAGAAAAUCUUUUCUUUGUCCUUUACCAUACAAAUCCUGAUUAUUGUGAUUGUCAUGAGCACUAGUUUAAUACAAAUCUCGGAAAAUCUGAAGAGUGAUGUGACAGUAGUAGUGAAAUAUUUUGUAUAUAUCGUAGGUCAGUUAUUCCAUUUACUAGCUCUCAGCUACCAGGGACAAAAAUUGAUAAAUCAUAGUCUUGAAACACACGCAAAAAUUUAUAAUGGAUUGUGGUACAACAUACCGGUGAAGUCGCAAAGGCUGCUGCUAUUCGCCAUGAGAAAGAGCACGGAUGUUAUUUCCUUGUCAGCCGGAAAGAUAUACAUAUUUUGUCUAGAAAGUUUUACUAUGGUAAAGUAA